CAUCGACAGGUUUCUCUUAUUAAUUUUUCGGAAUAACCCGUGCUACAAAUAGAUAAUGCCCUGAACCUUUUCUGGGGAAGAAAAAAAAAGUUUCUUUCUUCUCUCCUCUUGCUGCAGCCAACAAGUCUUUCCCCAAGCAAAGACAGCAGCAAGAAGCCUCCAAACAUGGAGUACCCCAGUCUUGAAGAGGGUCACAAGCUCGAACCGAAGCUGACCACAGCUGAGGUGGAGGAGCAGGCCCUGGUGAAGCCCGCGGGUUUCUUCCCCAAAGUUCUCUACUAUGAGGCUCUGCUGGAUAAGAAGCUGGGCAUUGAAUCCAACAGUAUCGAGCGUGUCACGCCGGAGAAGAAGCAGCCUCCCAACACCUUGGCCAUGGCCUUGAUUUGGGCCUCCGCGACUAUGAACCUCAGUUGUUUCAGUUCGGGUUUCUUGGGAUGGCAGUUUGGCCUUAGCUUGGGACAGGUCAUCCCCAUCAUCAUCUGCGCGACACUUCUGGGCGGGGCAAUCACGGGCUGGUGUGCUACCUUGGGUCCGGGUACUGGCCUCCGUCAAGUCGCCAUCUCUAGAUUUUCUCUAGGGUUCUACCCAUCGUCCAUCAUCGCCGCGCUGAACGUGGUUGAACAGCUGGGCUGGUCAUCCGUCAGUUGUAUUACCGCCGGCCAGGCCCUCGUCGCGGUCUCAGACGGACGUAUCUCGAUUGUCGUCGGAGUCGUCAUUGUCGCCUGCCUCAGUCUGGCCAUCGUCUUCUUUGGGCUCAAAGUGGUGAUGAGCCUCGAGCAGUGGAUGUGGUUGAUCGCCUUCAUCGUCUUCAUGAUUGUCUAUGGACAGUCGGGCAGUCAUGCCAAUCUCGCUCAACCGGCUACAGUAUCCGGACUCACCAAGUCCGGCGAAGUCUUGAGUUUGAUCAGCGUGAUUUACGGAUCCAGUGCCUCCUGGUCCUCCAUCGUCUCCGACUUCUACGUCCACUAUCCGGUUAAUACCUCCCGAGUCAAGGUCUUCUUCUUCACGGCCUUGGGAAUCUCGCUGCCCACCUGCAUCGGAUUGUUGCUGGGCGCAUGCAUUGCCUCGUCUCUGGGCACAAACCCCGAGUGGGCUGAGGCAUAUGACAACGGCAUCGGCUACAUCUUGCAGGAAAUCAUCCAUCCCAAGAAGUUCGCCAAAUUCUGCCUGGUCCUCCUAGUGCUGUCUAACGUCGGUAUGAACUGUAUCAACAUCUACGCCGCCUCCAUUUCGGCGCAAUUGUUCGCCCCGCCGUUCCGAAAGAUCCCUCGCAUCCUCUGGACCGUGGUUGUCUUCGCGUGCAUCAUCGCCAUCGGCAUCGCCGGUCGCGACCACCUGCUGACCGUUCUGGACAACUUCCUUUCCCUGCUGGGCUACUGGAACACCUCGUUCUUCGUCAUCCUGUUCUGCGAACACUACCUCUUCCGCGGCGGCAACCUGGCCAACUACGAUCUCGACGCCUGGGACACGCCCUCCAAGAUGCCCAUCGGUCUGGCCGGUCUGACCUCCUUCCUCUGCGGUGCCGCCGGCUGGAUCGUCGGCAUGGACGAGACCUACUACGUCGGCGCCUUGGCGCGGAUGAUCGGCGACGGCGGCGGUGAUAUCGCCAACGAACUGGCGCUGGUCUUCACCUCCAUCUCUUUCAUCCCGCUGAGAUGGCUCGAACUGAAAUAUGUCGGGCGGUGAAGCUACGGUUUUUGGCAGUGUUGUUUUGUUGUUCAUAUGCAUCGCAGUGAUUUCAUUUGCGGGAGACGUCCUUUUUCCAUGUCUAUAGUAUCCAUAACGAAGAAAUAAUGCCCGAGAUAACGUCGGAACGGCUUAAUAGGAA